AUGGAGUCAAAAAUAUGGGUAAUCAUUCUCGUUCUUAAAUUACAGGAUGCGCUAAGUUGGCGAUCAAUUCAGCCUUAUCUUUGCACGUUAGCCGUGUCGCUUAGUUUCGGCACAAGCUGGCGAGCACCGCGUGAUGCCUUCCGCUAUGGUGCUGUGACCAGCGCCUUGGUGACGACGGUCGCUGCGGCACUCGUAGCGCUGCCUGCUGCCCUACUACAGCUCUCUGUGGGGCAACUGAGUCAGCAAGACGCUGUAGGGAUAUGGAGGGCGGUGCCCUUUUUCAAAGGCAUUGGGUUUUUAAGAUUGCUGAUAUCUUUUUUGUCUGCUUUGUAUACAGUCGUCUAUACAUCCAUCACUAUCACAUACAUAUUUCAUACAAUAAGCAAUCCUAUCGUGAAAACGGAUUGCUCGGAGCAUUUAGAUCCACAGGUAAAUCACAUUAAUAUUCAUCAUUCAUCAAACUGUUUAAAUGAAACCUUUCUGGCUCCUAUUGGUGAGCAACCUGAGUACUACAUAGCGUUGGCAUCUAUUGUUAUAGCGCUUUGGAUACUGUUCCCUUUUAUUCUGUACAAUCCAGUUAAAUUAAUGAAAAGGAUAAUGUAUGCGUUUGGUUUUCUGGUACUCUUACUUGGCAUAAUAAUAAUAUCGUAUGUCGGUAAUAAAGACGAUGUGCCGUCAAUGGUAAAUAGCAGUGACUGGGUUAACUUCGUGCGUCCGAACAUCUGGCACAGCGCCGUGGUUCAAGCCCUGGUGUCUAACCAGAUAGCGGGAGGGUAUCUUAUUUCCUCUGGCGAUUCCAUAUACGCUAAUACUAAUGUUCAAUGGACAACAUUGUCACUUGUUGGCGCAAACAUUUUGUUUGGAUGGGCGGGUAUCCUGUUCUGGUUCGCGGUUGGCGGCACCGGCCAGAAGGAGACAAAUAAUCUGGCGGUGAUCGUCCAGAUAUAUAAGACCUCUGCAGAAAAGGAUUUAGGGACCGUGUGGUCGAUACUCAUGCUGGCUAUGUUAUCGUUCUCGGGAAUGAUUACUAUGCUAGCGUUGCUCUAUCCAUUGUACGACCGUUUUCGUCGUGUGGGAGGUCACAAGUGGCGCCAUCUCUCGAUGGGCAGCUCUGUGGUUGGCGCAGCGGCGGCGCUCGCAGUACUCAUUGUGGGACACUCUGCUCUAGCGUUAUUUGAAGACGUCGUAGUACCUUGCCUUGUCAGCGUUACGACCGUGGUUGAAAUAUCUGCCUUCGUCUUCAUUUACGGAUGGAAAGUGUUAGUGGAAGAUAUCGAGUUCCUGCUAGGGAGCAAGCUGCCCAAGUGCUGGGUAUGGGGCUGGUGCUCAGUCCCCGGUAUCGUGACGCCAUUAACGCUUUGGUGGAUCGUCGUCAGUUUUAUCGACCAACCUGAUUGGCUGCAAGCCCCUUGGGAGAAGGCGGGGAUUGUGACCAGCCUCAGUGGAGCUUUAGUCCUGUUUUUGGUGUUUGCGGCUAUAUCAGUAGCGAAGCAAGUCCAAUAUGACUUUGUGGGGAAGCUGAAGUCAUCAUUUAGGCCUUCGCGGCACUGGGGACCUCGGGAUCCUAUCACUCAUCACUAUUGGCUGGCGAGACGCGAGGAGGGAGAUCGGAAUGCGCCUCGUGCGAGAUUUCGCCGACAGCAAUUAGGAGAAUUUUCCGGCAUUUCAAGUUUCAGUAAUAUUCGUACACAGAAAACAAACCAGGAUAAAUGUGUAAACAGAAUUCGCUCAAAAUCUGAUGAUUUCAAUAUCUCCAGACGAAAAUUUAUUGCGGAGCUAAAUCACAACCGUUUAGACAGCAGAAAGCGUUGGAAAUCUUUGGAAUGGGAUGCAGCACUUAGGCACACACAAAUUUUUCCAGAUAUCAAAGAUAUUUUAACUUCCGCAGACAUAAAACCCUCAGAGCAUGGCAAUAACAUAGUCAAGGAUGGCCUUGAGUGAUUAGUGGCAUAUGUAAAUGCAUACGGUGUUUGAUUUGUAUUUGAUAUGUCUAGUCACGUUUGAAGUAAGAUGUACAUUAUAUGUACGUGUAUUUGGACACUGGGGAUUCCCAGUUCCCUUAGGUGGUAUUUAUUUAUUGA